AUGAAUCAAGAAAAAUUGAAAAAAUUGCAAGCACAAGUGCGUAUUGGCGGUAAAGGUACACCUCGUCGUAAGAAGAAGGUUAUCCAUCAAACACCAGGCACUGACGACAAAAAAUUACAAUCUGUCCUGAAAAAGCUGGCUGUGAACCAAAUUCCAGGCAUCGAAGAAGUGAACAUGAUCAAAAAUGACGGGACAGUCAUUCAUUUCAAUAAUCCAAAGGCUCAAGCAUCACUCGCUGCAAACACAUUUGCCAUCACAGGACACAGCGAACAAAAAGAGAUUGCCGAGAUGUUGCCAAGCAUUUUGACGCAAUUGGGUCCAGACGGUUUGAAGCACUUGAAACGCUUGGCCAGUGAUGUUGUGGCCAACAAAUUGUCAGCCGGAGCUGCUGCCGAUGACGAUGUUCCAGAUUUAGUUGAAAACUUCGAAGAAGCCGCUAACAAAGAUAUCGAAAGCAUAACAAAACAAACUGAAGAGGUCACCGUCGCAUAAUAAAUUCGGACCAUCCCCAAACACCCACAUAUACACACAUACACACAUAUAAAAAAAAAUUACACUUUUAAAAAGGAAAACCAAAUUUUGUUACACAAUAUUUCCAGGUCAAUUUUUUUUAUAAUUAUUUGAACAUUCUUUCCAAAUUAUUGUAACACACAUUCACAUCAGAAGUAGCAAUCGAUGCAGACACAACAACAACAACAACAAAAAUCGUAAAAAAAAGGAAAAGAAUAGACUUAAUAAUUAAGGAGUGAAUAUUCACUCAUUGUGUAUGUUGAUUUUACGUAUGUAAAUUUCGAUAUAUGCAAACCUAUUCCAUUCGUUUUUAACAAAAAAAAAUGAAGAAAAAAAACCUACACAAAAAACAACAACAACGCUUUUUUUUUCUAGAAAAAAGAAGAAUUGAAAAAAAAGAAUAUAAAUAGCAUCGAAUUUGUCGAUGAUCAUAUGAUUAUACAUUAUGUACUACAUUAAUUACGAAAUUGUUAUCAACAAACGAUUUGAAAAGUAAAUGCAUGUACUUGGGACAAAUGGAAAUAUAUAACGAA